AUGCCGAGCUUCCAUUGCUUUACGAGCGACAACGAUACUUGGACUCCAUGGCCUGGAGCCAUAGUAGCGGUCUUGCAUACCCUUCCAGCCCUUGUCUCCGCGGCAAUCGCACAAAAGAACAACUCGGGAAUGUCCUUCGGAACCAUCUUCGGUCUUUGGACCAUGCGACCACGAGCGACCUUCAUUAUUUUCAUCAUCAUCAAAAGCUUCGGCUGGCUAGGCUUCAGCGCAACAUUCUACGACUUGGUAAUCACCGAGUGUAUACAAGACAUAAUUUCCCUACAUUUCGCGCUCGAAUUCAUAAGUAAAGAGAACACGGAUGGGCAUACUUGCGAUAUACAAGGCUGUAAACCUGGCCGCGAAUGGAACCCUCUUAUGUGGGUUCAUAAAUCCUUCCAGUACAUGAUAUUUGCGGGUGUCGCUUCUUCGCUUUUGCUAGCUUGGUUUACUGUUUUGGUGAUCAAUAAGAGGUUGCAUGUCAAAACGGUGGAAGAAGAACGGGCGUGGGAGACGAAAAUGUUUGGAGAGGACCGAGAGGAAUCUGGUUGCUGGUACAAGUUCUUGGAGAGGUUCUCUUCGGAUAUGAAGUUAAUACCUUCUAUUAUCAUUUUGAUGGGAUCAUUUAUUGCAAGUUGGGCGCUUUGGGGAAGUGAGUAAUUCUUUUUCUUGUUAUCCUUUCUUGUAGAGGUAUGCUGAUGAAAAAAAUAGAAUUCAUUGAUAUUGCUGGGGAGACAUAUUGUAAAGGUGGUACUACUGGAACUUUGGCUAGUUGGAUGGCUUCUAGUCUUUUGAGUCCGACUUUGCGUGGGGUUCUGGGAGUUGACAUACCAAUAGGAUUGUAA